AUGUUUCCUCUGCCACACGAUCACCACUACCACACGCACCACCGCGGCACUGAGCUGGUGCCCUUUGAUCAGGUCAUCGGUGUCACCCCAGAUGGCCUGCCCGUCAUAUCCAACGGGAACGAGUUCCACUUCAGCAACCUCCAGUCUGUGACGCCUUCCUAUCAGGCGCUCUGCUCCUUCGACCGCAAGGCGCCGGUAACUGUGCCGUACGCGAAGCUUGGUGUCAAAUGGCAGUGCGUUGAGUUUGCACGCCGCUACCUCGCAUCCCGCAAGGCUGUGUGGACGGCGCUCAUGCCGAUCGCCGCGGACAUGUGGAGCGCAGAGACGCCGUUCGUGCACGUGCAGGAUGGCACACCGGUGGAGUUCACGCGGACCCCCAACAGAUCACACGGCCCGGCGCCGGCGAUGUCGGAUAUCAUCGUUUGGGGUCAGAGCGAGGAGACACCGUUUGGCCACGUCGCGAUUGUGACGGAGGUGCUGCCGGAGGCGGUGCGGGUAGCGGAGCAGAACCAGGGCUUUGAGCGGUGGGCGCAGGGCAUGCUGUACAGCCGGGAGAUUCUAAUGCAGCGCAGCAGCGCAGGCACAGUAGAGCUUGUAGACAACGACCCGGUGCUGGGGUGGGUGACGCUGCACUGCCCCUACUACGACUUUUGCGAUGGUGAUCUGGCCGACAAGUUCCGCAUUGUCACCGGACCGGGCUGCAUUGUGCGCCAGCCCUUCCCCAAACACGUGGAGUUGCCGUGGCUGCAACCAGAGGAGCGGUGCGACUUUUAUCUGAAGCGCUCCCUUGCGAUUGGCGGCAACGUCGGCGACGAUGCGAGGGCGGAGGAGUGUGACGUGCCCAGCGCUUUUUACUUUCUCGACUAUGACAUCUGGUGCCGGCUCGGGCGUGCGGCUCACUCGCUGCACCGCAUCGCCAUGGCUGCCACAGCCAAGGUCCUCGACGAUGCGGACUCGGCGUAUCUCUUGGAGCACUACUUUGGGGUACCCCCAGAGAUUCAUCCGCUGCUGCGUCGCUCCUGGGAGAUGAUGCCGCCAAUGUGUGGCCGCUUUGACUUCGGCUACGACGGCAACAAGGUGGCGAUGCUGGAGUACAACUGCGACUCCUCUGGCGCGCUGCUGGAGUGCUGCAACACCCAAGAGAAGAUGGCCAUCUACUACGGCGUGUCGCAGGGGAUGUCGACCGGCUCCUUCUUGGGGGCCAAGUGCUUGUCACACUUUGCGCGCCUGAUGUCAAACGAGAAGGUGUGCCCCAAGCACAAGCUGAUCCACUUCAUGAUUGACGACGACGACGAGGAGCGCUACACCGCCAUGUGCAUGAUGAACUUUGCAGAGAAAGCCGGUUUCCACACGAAGCUUUGCGUGAAGCUCAUCGACUUCCGUUACCGCGACGGCGCUCCUGCCAACGCCGCCCCGCUCUCCGUGCCAUGCGACUACCCUAUCAUAGUUGACAGUGACGGCGACGAGGUUCUUAUGGUGUGGAAGACGUGGUCGUGGGACACGGUGUUGAGACAAUAUCACCGCCAGCGCAGUGCAACAGACUCGAUAAGCGGUCCGACGCUCUCUGACAUUCUCCUCAACAACAACAUUUGCGUCAUCGAGCCGCUCUGGAAAGCUGUGACAGGGAGCAAGGCGAUUCUCCCCUUUAUGCACGCUCUGGCUCCUGACCACGAGCACAUCCUCGCGGCGGACUUUGUGCCCACAAAAGACAUCAUCUCCCACCACUACAUCUCCAAGCCCAUUAACGGUCGAGCUGGGCAGAACAUCAUGAUGUUUGACCCUGUGACCGACGCGUCGGAGCUGAACGCGGCUCCUCAAGGGAUGCUCAGUGAGAGCUCGUCGCAGCUCUUCUCCAACAGGUCGCUGGCCGCCUCCUGCUCUGCGCUACAGAGCCAGUCGAUAGACCGCACCAAUGAGUGCUCGGCCGGCACCUUUUUCGCCUCCGCCGUCGUCUAUCAGAAGCGUUUCUUCUUGAAGAAAUUUGAAGGCAAGUACUUCCCCAUUUUCUGUGGCUGGAUGACUGACGACGAAUUUGGUGGUGUCGUCGUCCGCGAAGACACAUCAAAGAUCACGAAGCUGGAUAGCAUCGUCAUCCCCGCGCGCGUUGUGCGCGAGAACGUCUCUCUCGGUGUGGCGUACGCUGACGAAGGUGAGACGUAG